GUUAAAAUAUCUAUAUUUUAUAUUACUGAAUACCGUACUAAAUUCGUAAUAAAUUUUUGGUAGUGUUUUUUCUAGUUACCCGAAGUUGUCAUAACGUCAUAUGCCAUUCUCAAUCAUUUCGAUAUAUAUACACACCACUAUCUGAAAGGAGAAGUUACUUCUUUGUUUAUUCCCUACGAUCGCUUUGUCGAGAUUGACCAUUUUAGCCUGGGUGUUGUCUUUGGUCAAGAUUUGUCUCAGACAGUUUUGGGGCCAUAAUUUGAAGCCGGAAGAAAAUCAGUGAGAUAUGAACCAAUAACAUUUGUGGGAAGAGAAUUGAGAGCGUGUAUGGGUGUAGACUGUGCAGUUGGAAAUUUUUGAUCAGAACAGAAAAACACGAAGAAAAUGAUAAAAUUAUUUUCACUAAAACAGCAAAAGAAAAAUGACGAAGCAUCGGGGGCUUCAUCUGGUAGAAGAAAAGCUUCAGCGGCUCAACUUCGAAUUACUAAAGAUUUAAAUGAACUGCAGUUACCACCUACAUGUAGUACUAUUUUCCCUGAUCCCAAUGAUUUACUGAAUUUCAAGCUUAUCAUUGCCCCUGAUGAGGGGUUUUACAAAAAUGGUAAAUUCACUUUUACAUUUAAAGUUGGGCAAGGUUACCCUCAUGAUGCCCCAAAAGUAAAAUGUGAAACCAUGGUUUACCAUCCUAACAUUGACCUUGAAGGAAAUGUUUGUUUGAAUAUUCUCAGAGAAGAUUGGAAACCUGUUCUUACCAUUAACUCUGUCAUUUAUGGGCUUCAAUAUCUUUUUCUUGAGCCCAACCCUGAUGACCCUUUAAACAAAGAAGCAGCGGAGAUGCUAACAAAAAACAGACGUGCAUUUGAACAGAAUGUAUACAAAUCAAUGAGGGGCGGUUAUGUCGGGAGCACAUAUUUCGAACGAUGUUUAAAAUGAUUUUUUGCAAUGUUGAUAUGUAUUUGAUAUCAUUUCGAUGCCUUUAUAAUGAUAGUUUAUUUAUAUAGGCUAUUUGGUAAAUUUUACCAUUGACACAGAAUAAAUGGACUAAGGUUGCUUUUGACGACUCGAAAAAAAUACUGGCUAUUUUGUAAGACAUCUUUCGAUUCACCAUACGUUUUAUAUUUAUUUUGCAUAAUUCUGGAUACUCUAAGUGGGCUUUUGUGUAGAAAAUUCAGACAAUGUUUUAUUAUAGAAUUGAUUGAAAUUUUAUCUUUCCAAUGAAAAUAAAUUCGUAUCUACAUUUGGUCAACCUUUAAAAAUAACUUUCUGUCUAUCGAAUGACAUAAUUUCCAACGAUUUUCGAAAUUCAACUUAUCUAUAUGCUCUGAAAUAAUCUGUUGAAAUUUUUGAAACACCUUAUAAAUCUAUUCUUAACAUUUAACAUAACACAAUGACGAAAAAUGCAUUUAAUUUCUUAUUUCAUCCAUAUCAUUUAAAUAUCUAUCAAUAUGCAUUGUGGUAUUUGAUUUACAGUCACAAUCUUAAAAAUUUAAUUUUGUUGCUUGAGCUUUCUAAUAAUGUUUUGUAUGAAAAUGCUACCUGUGCAGCUUUAUACCAUGGGAAUUUUAUUCCAUAAUUUAAGAUGUGAUAAAUACUGAUUGAAAAUAUACUAAAAUUUAACCAAUGAGUAACUGUUAAGUAUUCCUCAAACAUAUCUAAUUUUUCAAAUCGAUUUUUAUAUGGUGAUUUUUUUUUUUCAUUAAACUUUGUGAAGAUGAUUGGUUGAUAAAAAAUAACCCAACAACUGUAUCACUGAUAUUAGUAUGUCUAUAUCUGAAACACAUUUCUAUUUUGAUUAUUUCAAAAAAUUCAUUUAUGUGGCAAAAACAUGCUAUAAAGCCAG